AUGUUUGACGGCUGCCUCCUGCCCCUCGUCGUGCCCUGCCUGCUGCUCUGCGGACUGGACGCCGGCACAGCUGGCGGAGCGGAGCUGGAAGUGGUGAUCCCGGAGCGAGUGCCGCUGGAGAAGAUCCACCUGCUGCCGCCCGGAGGGGAUCGCGGCGGCCCCCGGCGCCGGCGGGCAGCGGCGGAGCAGGAGGAGGAGGAGGAGGCUGUGCUGCUCCGCCUGCCCGCCGCCGGCGCCGAGCUGUACCUGCACCUCCGCCGCGACCUGCGCUUCCUGGCCCGGGGCUUCGCGGUGGAGCGGCGGCGCGGGGAGGCGCGGCGGCCCCCGCGGGAGCGGCUCUGCUUCUACUCGGGACACGCGCUGAACCGCAGCGACUCCUUCGCCUCCCUCAGCACCUGCGCCGGGCUGGUUGGCUACAUCCAGCUUGGAUCAGAGCAGCUGCUGAUCCAACCUGUGAAUGCGUCUGAGACCUCAUUCAGUGGGAAGGAACAUUUCAUCAGGCGGAGACGAUCCACAAAACCCGGCCAUCCCACCAAGCCACAGGGCCCUGAGGAGCACUGCAAAGUUGUAGCAGAAAAGAAGAGACAGAAGAAAGUGAAGUCCACGAGUGACUGGCGGGAGAGGAGGAACGCGAUUCGCCUCACCAGCGAGUACACGGUGGAGACACUGGUGGUGGCAGAUGCUGACAUGGUGCAGUACCACGGAGCAGAGGCUGCCCAGAGGUUCAUCCUCACAGUUAUGAAUAUGGUGUACAACAUGUUCCAGCAUCAAAGCCUGGGAAUUAAAGUCAACAUUCGAGUGACCAAACUAGUCCUGCUUCACAAUCGCCCUGCAAAGUUGUCUAUUGGGCAUCAUGGAGAGAGAUCUCUGGAGAGCUUCUGUCAGUGGCAAAAUGAAGAAUAUGGUGGGGCAAAAUACCUUGGUAACAACCAGGUUCCUGGUGCCAGGGAUGACACCCCUCCUGUGGAUGCUGCUGUUUUUGUGACCAGGACAGAUUUCUGCGUGCACAAAGACGAGCCUUGUGACACUGUGGGAAUUGCUUACCUAGGAGGUGUCUGCAGUGCCAAGAGAAAAUGUGUUCUUGCUGAAGACAAUGGUCUCAAUCUGGCAUUCACAAUUGCACAUGAACUUGGGCACAACAUGGGAAUGAGCCAUGAUGACGAUCAUCAGCCCUGUGCUGGGAGGUCUCACAUUAUGUCUGGUGAAUGGGUGAAGGGCAGGAACCCAAGUGACCUUUCCUGGUCUUCAUGCAGCCGAGACGACCUCGAGAACUUCCUAAAGUCCAAGGUGAGCACCUGUCUGCUGGUGACAGACCCCCGGAGCCAAUAUUCCGUGCGGCUCCCUCACAAGCUGCCGGGCAUGCACUACAGCGCCGACGAGCAGUGCCAGAUCCUUUUCGGCACCAACGCCACCUUCUGUAAAGAUAUGGAGCAUUUGAUGUGUGCUGGGCUCUGGUGCCUGGUGGAAGGAGACACAUCCUGUAAAACAAAGUUGGACCCCCCUCUGGAUGGCACCGAAUGUGGCGCAGACAAGUGGUGCCGAGCUGGGGAGUGUGUCAGUAAAACCCCCAUCCCUGAGCACGUGGACGGGGACUGGAGCGUGUGGAGCCAGUGGAGCAUGUGCAGCCGGACGUGCGGAACCGGGGUGCGCUUCAGGCAGCGGAAAUGUGACAACCCCCCCCCGGGGCCAGGUGGGAAGAACUGUCGGGGGGCCAGCGUGGAGCACACAGUGUGUGAGAACCUGCCCUGCCCCAAAGGAGUGCCCAGCUUCAGGGACCAACAGUGCCAGGCCCAUGACAGGUACACCAACAAGAAGAAAAGCCUCCUGACAGCUGUCAUCGUGGAUGAUAAGCCAUGCGAGCUUUUCUGCUCCCCACUGGGCAAGGAUUCUCCGGUGCUGGUGACAGACAGAGUCCUGGAUGGAACUCCCUGUGGGCCUUACGAGACAGACCUCUGUGUACAUGGCAAGUGCCAGAAACUUGGAUGUGAUGGGAUCAUUGGCUCGGCUGCCAAAGAGGAUCGCUGUGGGAUCUGCAGUGGCGAUGGGAAAACCUGCAAAGUGGUGAAAGGAGACUUCAACCACACCAAGGGCAUGGCUUUAAAAGAUUCCAGUAAGAGAUCCAUUAACAGCGACUGGAAAAUUGAGCUUCCUGGUGAGUUUCAGAUCGCAGGCACCACUGUCCGGUACGUGCGAAGGGGGCUGUGGGAGAAAAUCUCUGCCAAAGGACCAACUAAAAUACCACUGCACUUGAUGGUGCUGUUAUUCCAUGACCAGAAUUAUGGAAUUCAUUAUGAAUACACCAUCCCUGUAAACUAUACUGCUGAAAACAGAAGCGAGCCAGAAAAGCAACAGGAUUCCUUGUACAUCUGGACGCACAGCGGAUGGGAAGGAUGCAGUGUGCAGUGUGGAGGAGGUGAGCGGAAAACCAUCGUGUCCUGCACUCGGAUCGUUAACAAGACCAUGACACUGGUGAAUGACAGUGACUGCCAGCGAGUGACCCGCCCCGAGCCCCAGGUCAGGAAAUGUAACACACACCCCUGCCAGUCACGGUGGGUGACUGGUCACUGGAGCCCCUGCUCUGCCACUUGUGAGAAGGGUGUACAGCACCGGGAGGUCACUUGUGUUUAUCAGCUGCAGAAUGGCACCUAUGUCAACACCAGGGAUCUCUACUGCCUGGGCAACAAACCAGCCACGGUGCAGAGCUGUGAGGGACGGGACUGCCUGUCCAUCUGGGAAGCAUCAGAGUGGUCAAAGUGCUCAGCAGACUGUGGCAGGGGAAUUCAGAAAAGAACAGUGACAUGCACAAACUCCCAAGGCAAAUGUGAUGCAGCCACCAGGCCAAGAGAAGAGGAAGAGUGUGAGGAUCACACAGGCUGUUACGAGUGGAAAACAGGAGACUGGUCCAAGUGCUCCUCGACGUGCGGCAAGGGGCUGCAGUCGCGCGUGGUGCAGUGCAUGCACAAAGUGACGGGGCGCCACGGCAGCGAGUGCCCGGCCCUGGCCAAGCCCCAAGCCUACAGGCAGUGCCACCAGGAGGUCUGCAACGACAAGAUCAACGUCAACACCAUCACCUCACCCAGGCUCGCUGCCCUCACCUACAAGUGCACGGGGGACCAGUGGACAGUGUACUGCAGGGUGAUCCGCGAGAAGAACCUAUGCCAGGACAUGCGGUGGUACCAGCGCUGCUGCCAGACGUGCAGAGACUUUUAUGCAAACAAGAUGCAGCAGAAGAGUUAAUGAACUGUGCCACUCCUUAGAGUCUUCCAGCUGUUUGUAUGUAAAUCACAGACUAGUAGGUCUGAGUACUGGAACUUCAUGAGUUGCUACAUCGUGGUGGAUCCCAAAGCACACCUAAUGAGACUUGAAACUAAUCCUACAGACUGGAUACCAAAGUCAUCCGCUCAUCCACCUUAAAAAAAACACACAGAAAGGGUCAUCUCAAGGAGCCAAUCAUUUCUGAAUAUUUUGACAUCCUCACAUUUUUCAUUAUUGCUUUUUUAAUAUAUUAAAUCACCAGCCACUGGAUGGCUUGCUACC